AUGAAUUCCUUGUCACUCGUUCUUUUUACUGUGGUUUUGAUCAUAGCCUUGCACACUUUACCAACAUCUAGUAAAGCUGUAAAAACAACAGCAACAACAACAACAGCAUCUACACCAACAACUAUCGUUGCUGCAGUGGUGAAGGUUCCUGAGAAACCAAAAGUAGCCAAACCUGCUGCUAAGGUUUCAAAGAAAACAAAGGCUGCAAAGAAAAGUAAAAAACCAAAACAAAGUCCGUGGAAAGUACCAAGUGCUGAUAAUAAAAAAUUAUUUAAUGAUUAUAAAGCUAUUUUACGUGCAAAAAUUACACCUCGUCAAAAUAUCUCAGCAACAUAUCAAUUAGAAGCAGCUAAAUAUGGUUCACAAACAGUUGAUAAAACAAUUCUACACCACUUUUUGAUAAAAUUGCCCGAUUCAAAAUAUGCUCAUGCAAUUAUUGGUACAAAUAAAGAUACAAAAAAACCGAUCGAAGUUAAUGAAAAUAGUGCUUCAAUUCGUCGUACAAUUUAUGAUAAUCUUGCAGCAGCUGAAGCUUAA